AUGUCCGAGCGCCGGGCGGGCACCAAGGGCCGGCGUCUGGGCUCCAGCCGGCGCAGGCAGAUCCAGGAGGGCUCCAGUGAGGUACCAGCACCUGGCCCAGGUGAGGAACAGCCAUCCGAAAUAGUGCAGAGGGUGCAGGACUUCCUCAGGGAGCAGGACAAGGACCAGGCAGGGUUCAUCACCCGCUCAGACAUACGGAGAUUCCAGGAGGAAGGUUUCCCGUGCAGCACAGAGGAGCUGGAGCUCGUCUUCGAUGGGCUGGAUGCUGCUGGCACCGGGAGGUUGAGCACCGAGGAGUUCACUGCCGGGCUCCGGCAGUUCCUGAGCUCCCAAAAAGCUGCCAGGGAGCACCGGCGGCGGAAAACGGCGUCCAGGAGGGUCCGCUUGGUCCUCCCCAGCCCGGCCUUGGAAGGGGUGGACAGCGAGGAGAGGAGACACUUUGCUGCCUUUAUGGACCAGCUGGGCACCAACAACGUCUCUGAAGAACAGGAGAUCUGGCAGCUCUGGGUGAAGCUCCGGCAGGACGAGCCCCAGCUCCUGGGCAACCUGGAGGACUUCCUGGCCAAGAUGAGGCACCACAUCCAAGAAGCCAAGAGCAGGAAGGAGGCUUUGGAGGUGACCCUGAACAAGCGUGUGGCUGAGCACGACAAGGAGGUGCAGCAGCUCUGCGAGGUCCUGGAGCAGCAGAUCCAGCAGGAGCAGCAGCGGCUGGAGCAGAAAAGCAUGGCCCGGAGCCAGCAGCAGGGCGUGGAGCUGCAGCGGGUGCUGGACGCCAGCGAGAGGGAGGUGCAGCGCUUGGUCACGGCACAGAUGGAGCUGGAGCGGCGGUGCCGCAGCCUCCGCAGCACCCAGCGAGUCACCAGCAUGGAAAACCAGGAGCUGGAGGCGAGCAACAGGAUGCUGGAGGAUCACCUGCAGCACCUCCACCAGCAGCUCAAGCAGACCCAGGGGCACCUGAGGACAAUGAGGGCUACAGUGGCUUGGGAGCACGUGGAGGAGCCAGGGGACAGAGCCGUGGCAGAGAUACCCAGCGAGAUGCCAAUGUCCCCACAGAUGAGUCCGGGGAAGAGCGAGAAGUUCCGCUCGGAGAUGCGGAUCAGGCUGGGAUCCCAGAGUGAGGAACGCAAAGCCAAGAACACCCACCAAGUGGUUUGGGAAAUGCUGCCAGCAGAAAUAAGCAUUUCAGGAGCCCCUCCGAGAGUGAGCUCUGCAGAAGAGGAGCCCUUCCCAGAACACCUGAAAGAGGAACACUUCUCUGACCAAAGCUCUUUGCUAAGAGAGAUGAAUGAUGCAAUAGCAGCUCUGAGCAAACAUCUGAAGGCACAGGCACCGGGUGCACCCCCUGCUCUGGCAGACGCUGCCAGUCACCCCCAGGAUGAUGCUGAGCCCCAAGCAGGGCAGGAGGCAGCCACAGCCCAUGGAACAACCCCUGGGGUUCUGCAGGACACCCUCCCUGGGCACGUCAGCCAUGAGCUGUUUGAAGGAGACCUGAAAGAAGGACCAGCCACAGCUGAGUUUCGUGCUCUGGAUGUGACACAGGCUGAUGUGUGGCGGUUUUGUGCUUCAGGGCAGGCAGCCCAAAGCGAGCUCCAGGAGCAGGUCUCAGCACAGGGACACCAGGUGAGGAUUCACACCCCUGCCCAGCGGCCGGAGGGGAAGACACCGGGUGUGGUGGAACCAGAGCAGGCGGCUGCCGGACCUGCUGAGCCUCCAAAGCAAGAGGUGCCACCAGUGUCAACCCCUCAGCUGAGGGUCCAACCGCAGGAAGAUGCUGGGAAUGAUCAGUUGGGGGUGGUUCUCACAGACAGCUCCCUGGGGGAUGCAGCCAACAGCUGUGUGCAGCCUCAAAGGCAGCUCUUGGGAGAGCAGAGCGAAGACCUCAGAGCUGGUCAACGAGAGAAGCCGCGAGAGUUUGGUCAGAAAACGAGCCAGGAAGGCGAGCCCAACCCAGGAGAGCCAGAAGCUGUGACUGCAGAGGGAGCAGGAGCUGCCCCAAAGGGUUGUCCUAAAGCUCCCCUGGACCCAGACCACCUCUACAACGUGCUGUUUGUCGGGGACUCCCACGUGGGCAAAACCUCGUUCCUGUACCGGUUACACGCCGACAGCUUCAACCCCAACCUCACCGCCACAGUGGGCCUGGAUUAUCGGAUCAAAAACCUGGUUGUGGACAACAAGCGCUUUGCCCUCCGCCUGUGGGACUCAGCCGGGCAGGAGAGGUACCACAGCGUGACCAAGCAGUUCUUCCGGAAGGCGGACGGGGUCGUGCUCAUGUACGACAUCACAUCCCAAUACUCCUUCUCCGACGUGAGGUACUGGCUCAGCUGCAUCCAGGAAGCAGCAGAGGAUGGAGUUGCUGUUCUGCUUCUUGGGAACAAAACCGACUGUGCUGCCGAGAGACAGGUCCCUGUGAAGGAGGGGGAAUGCCUGGCCAAGGAGCAUCAGCUCAUGUUCUACGAGUGCAGCGCUGCCUCGGGCCACAACGUCCUGGAGUCCAUGGUCAGCUUCAUCAGGUUGCUCAAAGUUCGUGAAGAUGAAUUAAAAAAAAAGGCAGAAGAGGUACCAAAGGCACCCCAGAAGAAAAAGAACUGCUGCUGGUGAUGGACAGACCUGCCCACCAUGAUUUUAAACUGCAGGGACAGCCAGAAAAGCAUAAAAAUAGCCCUUGGACACCUUCUCUGCUCCCUGUGUGUUUUUCUUGCCUGAUAUUCCUUGGAUGCUGAGAGCAAAAGGCACUGUGGAGAAGCUCCUGCCAUGCCCCA